AUUCAACAAGCAGAAGGAGAAGUUGCAAAAUAUGCUUUUGCUCACUAAACUAAAGAAUAAACCUGUGAGGCUUAUGAGAUUAAUCUGAAUUAUGUGUAUACUCUCUUUAAAGGCCCCUCCAAGUUUGGACUUGCCUGGCUUUAUUGGAUGCUUAGAACUUGCCACGCUGAAUGAUGAUGUCAUUAGUCUGUAUAAUUUCAAAAACAUCUAUAAUGUUACCAAACCAAUACCUUGUAUCAGAGAUAAACUGGCGUUUACCCAGAGCCGAGUUGUAAACUACUUCUUUGAUGGCUCAGGUUAUGCUUUGGCAAAGAAUAUUGAGAGCAGAGGGAAGUUUGGUCUUGUGACUCGUUUUGAUAUAGAAAUUCGAACACCAAGUGAUAAUGGUCUUCUCCUUCUGAUGGUUAAUGGAAGUAUGUUUUUCAGCCUGGAGAUGCAAAAUGGAUACCUGUAUCUGCAGUAUGAUUUCGGCUUCAGUAAUGGCCCUGUGAUUCUAGAAGAUAAUAUGAAGAAGGCUCUGAUUAAUGAUGCAAAGUUCCAUGAG